AUGACUAUCCUACCAAACCUCAUUUCCACAUCUUCCUCGUCUAUCUCGGUCUCUCAGCCGCGACUUCCCGCAUCCACCCCUUCGACAUCAGCCCCGCCGACCCAGCUCCCAUCCUUCUCCGCCUUUGCCCCAUCAGGCGAUCACGCUGAUCAAUCCACCUCAAGGGAGACGCACGAGACUCGCCCUUUCUUCCCACUCGACAGCUGGAGCGAUCUAAGGCUCGACACGAGUAGCGGCUCUUCUUCGCAACCGCCAUACGAGAGACCACGGGCACCAAUUCCGGGCAAGCAUCGUCAUCGCCGGGUCGACUCGCUGCCCUCGACAUUCAUGUCGUCGUCAUCUGAAUACGAGGGAGAGGCCAUUUGCUUUAAUGCCAGCGACAGCUACUCGGGAUGGCAGACGAGUGCUGAGCAGGGCGAACCUAACGCAGAUAUCGAAAGCCAGGAGUCCAACGAUUCUCGCCCACAGCGACAAGAUCAAGAAGAACGUCGACUCCCCAAUCUAAGUGACUCUUCGCCUCUCUCGAGCUUCAUCAUCAAAGGAUGUCGUCCUACAGACUCACCCAAAGGCAUCCUUGGCGCACACCGCCGCAAGCCCAGCACAAAGCGGCGCGAUGUCUCCCAGCCUGAUCACUUCGACACCAAGACCAAGCCUGCGGUGGCUGGAGACUACUUCGCUCCCUUGCCCGGUGCGCACGUUUCACCGGUACCACCACCUCGCUCAUCAAGUCGGCCACGUUUACGCAGAGACUGCUCGAAAUCAAUUCAAAUUCAUGGCAGCGAACAACAGCGAUGUCGCCGACCUUUGACUCCUUACCCAGGCUUUGACUGUGGGGAGGCGCCACCUGCAGCGGAGGAGGCGAGGAGGAGAGAGAUGGGGAAAGUGGCUGCGUACAUCACUGCGGGACGUCAAGCUGAGAAGAGCAAGAUCGAUGGCGACCUAGGCGUUGAAGCCACUACAAACGGGCAUUGGCCGUGGAACAGCGUGCCGCUGCAGCGUUUCUCUUCUGCCGCUGAACCGAAAGCAGCAACUUCGCAGCUGCACCUGGCCAAUCUCAGUGGGGAUGACACGGCGGUGGCGAGUCAGUCGCAGCAUUCAGACCUGCAGCGUAAGCAGCUAUGGUCCUACCCCAAUCCAUUUGCAGUCCCUUCAGCCUAUGCAACCAACGCCGGCGCUCAAUUUCGCCGCGUCUCUCCGAUGCAAAGUGAGACAACGACUCUGACAGGAUCGCUGCUACCCGCUCAGCAAGCCGCAGCUGCCUGCAAGCAUUCGUGCGACGAAGAUCCGCCCCGCCCUGACACCUGCUCACCAACGGGCAAGCGUCUUCGCGAUUACUAUCAGCGCCUGUUCCGCUCAAUCUCGACGCAAGGCACAGCUCCCACACGCCCGCCUACCCGUUUGGCCAUGCCGCGAGACGGUUCGCACGCCACGCUGCACAGCAAGUACAGCGGCGAGGAGACGAUACGCGCCGGCACCACGGCACAUGACGGCAGUAUGGCAUACCGUGGCGGCGGCUGGUUCAGCGCCUAUCACGGCGUCCCCAACAAGAUGUCCAUCUCGCCCGACGUCACCAGUGGCUCUCACUCGUACGAGAGGGAGAUGCGUCACAGAGGUGAAGCCGGAAAGCCGCCCGGGACAAGCAAGAAGGCAGGGACCGAUGGCAGGCCUCCAGUCCAUCGUGAGCAAAGGAGGAGACUGAGCGCGAGUGUCUGGCCAAAGAGCCUGCAGCACUCUACCGCCUCCUCUACUUCGCUGAGUGACGAGAGCGAUUGGGAUAGCCAGGGCGCGGCUGGUGGAGCUGGAUAUGUUCUCGACCGGGGCCGCGACUCGCCGCCAAGCGCAUUCGGCCAUCCACCUCCGGCCUACCCUCCCGGUCCAGCUGGUCAUGCUGCGGAUGCAACGACUGGUAUCCCGUCCUACCACCUCCUGCUCCACCAACUCGUCGCUCAAUGGGACGAGGCCCUCCUCUAUCUGGAGUCGAACCACCUGCACAGCUUCGAUUCAUCCCAACAGACCCCGAAGGUCAUCUCGCGUUUCCUGGUGUUCCGUCUCCCACCCAUCACUCUAUUCAUCCUCUUGGCCAGCUUCUUCAUCUACAUUUGCUUCAAGUACGAGGUACCCCCAAGCCUCUACGGUCUCAUGGGCAGUAUUACCGUGGGACUCAUGGCGUGGGCUACUUUCGCCUGUCAAAGGGGGGAGGAGAACAUGGACAAAGAGCGCGAGAGUGAGGUGCAACUAUUGAAGCAAAAGUGGUUGAAGGGCAAGGUGCGUGAGCGGCGCAGAAGGAGGCGAAGGGAGAGGAAGAGGAUGAAGGAGGCUGAAGCGGUAGCGAAGAGGGCGGCUUUGAUUGCCGAGGCAAUGGCUGUUGCGGCUAGUGAGCGAAAUCAGGUGUUGGGCGGAUUGAACAGAGUGACCAGCAGCAGUAGAGGGGGCAAGCAACAUCAGCAGCAGCGCAGUCCUCGACCUGCCCCUCAUGCGACCAGGUCGAAUCGGCCUCAAUCCUCUCAAUCAGCCCCGGCCGCGCCAGUCGAGGUAGUGCGCAAGGCCAGCACAACCCUAAGGGGCAUCCUCACCUCUCCAGCGGCUACCGUUCCUCCCAAAGCAACAGCCACUUCAGCCCUACCUUCCCCAAGCGUCGGUUUUGCACUUCCCAGCGCAAGCGAUAGAAUAAAGCGCAGCUGUUGGGGCAGUAGGAUGGCUGAAGCGGCUCGCUCGCCCGUCGUCGAGAUUGGUGGGGCAUCACCGCUUCAGCAACAGGAUGCAACGAUGGCACGCAGGCGGAGCGAGGCAGCCCGAGUGAGUCGCAAUCCCUUUGCGGACAUUCGGCAGGAGGACCAACGCGACAGCCAUCUCGGAGAAGAGCAAGCCAAGACCACCCCAAAAUCCCAGCAGGACGCGAACAGCACCACCACGAGCACGGCUGGGUACGACUCCCAAGACGCCGAGCAUGCUGCUGAAGAGGAGCAGCACGAGUCGUCCAUCACCUACUCAGAGCGCCGCGCCUGGAUCAAACGGUGGGCUCGAGAGGCUUCUUUCGCGCCGCUUUGCGCCCCACCUGCCGAUCCCUCCAACGAGCCUCUCGCUUCGUCAUCACUCUUCACCACGGGACCGUACAUCGACUGGGCUGAGGGAGGUGUUCUCCACCAGCAGGCCCCCACCGAUGGCCAACGAAGGGCAAUGCAGCCUUCCACCUCUAUGGCCACUACUCUGGCGUACACAAAUGCUCUCACGCCCGCCUUAGGGUCUCCAGCGAUAGAGCGUGACGAGCCGAGGGAGCCUUGCCCCUCCCCCGUUGCCGUCCGUGAUCGCAAUCGCGCUCCUGAGCCCGCAACGGAGCCGCCUCCACCUCCCUCUCACACGACGCCGGAGACGGUCACUACCGCUCAGGGCACGAUGGAGGGCACGAAUGGGACUAAUGGCACCUCUUCCAAUGCGCAAGAAGCCUCCCGUGCCUCAGGACAGGGUGCGGAGUGGAUCCGCAAUGCGGUCAAUGAGGCACGAGCGCUCUUGCAGCACAACAGGCUUGGCCUGCAGAAUGGGGAGAACAGCUCGACUGGUGGAGUAACAUCCGUCCCUCGUGAAGGCUCGACUCCGCACACCUUACCCUCCAGCCCCUCAGGGAGGCGUCCCCUUCCCUCCCUCCCUUCAUUGACGCGCGAUCGUCUCUUCUCUUCUCCCAAAAGCAACAGGAGCAAUGCUUCCAACCCGCUUGCUCCUGGCCCUCCCAGUACGACUGCGUCGCCAGCCGGUGCGGUAAAGAGGAGGAGCAGAGCACCCAGCCGAUCGACGGCUGUCGGGGGUAUGGCGGCGACAGCUGCUGCUGCGGCUGUGGCGCAUUCGGUGACAUUGCCAGGCGGAAGAGGAGGAGGAGGAGGGUGGGCUGCGGGUCUGUGA